UCUCAGACACGCGCGUUAGUGGUCUCGCAGUAGUGUUUUCUUUUUUUUUUUCCCCCCCUUCACUCGUCUCUGUUUAUAUUUUUGAAAACAAAACAAAAAAAGAAACAAACAAACAAACAAAAAAAAAAAAACACAAAAAAAGCAAAACGGGGCAUUUUGCACGAGGUGAGAUCUCAGCGCACAGCAGCUCUAACGCGGGGACAUCGCCGGCAUCGGUCUCAGUCACUGGACUCUCCUGAAGGUCUGAAGAGAUGUCGUCUGUGUGGCAGCAGGAGCCGUCAGGCUACUCUCCCUGCGUAGAGAUCGACUCCAGCUCGGUGAGGACCAAGGACAGGCUCGGCCCUCCGGCCUGGCUGAAGCAGGAGCAGGAUGACCUCCGCAUCAUCAAGUGGGAGAGUUUUCAGUCGGGAGCCUCGGCAGAUGCCGUCCAGGACAACACACCCAGCAGUGCCAUGUCAGCUGCCUCACAUGUAGAAAGCUUGCCCCCGAGGGUGCUGCUGACGAUCACCAAGCUGCAGUGCAUGCUGGAGAGCAAGGAGGAGCGCAUUGCUGCACUGGAGAGACAGGUGGAGGACCUGAUGCAGGACCGCAAGUUCCUGAGGAGCCAGAUUGAAAACCUCACAAGCAAUCGCUCCAUGCCAACGUUUGCUUCACCCGGUCCAGUGACCGAAGCUCCCAAACCCAGCAAAGUGCAGCACUCGGAAAACAAAUCCCGGAAGAGGGAAAGAGCCUCCUCCAGUUCCUCGGACAGCGGCGACAGCAGUUCCGAAGCGUCCGACUCGUCCGAAGUGUCGGCGGCCUCGAGUGAACACAGGAGGAGGAAACACCAUAAGGACAAGAAAAGAUCAAAGAAAGGGAAGGACUACAGCAGAAAGAGAGCCACAGGCGUCCAGUACGUCAUCCACCGCUACAAGCAGGUCCUGUCCGCCUUCAUCAAGAAGAAGAGCAUGAGUGAAGCCUUCCGCCAUCUCGGAAUCGACCGCAACACCAUCGCGAACACGGCGUCCAUUGCCGAGCUCCACCUGGCCGGCAAAGACAUGGUCCCCUUGGUGGGCAUGUUUCGCCAGGGAGAGGAGACUCUGGUCAGCUACGCCCAAAGGUGCACCUUAGUCAUCGACAGCGACGCUGACCUGUCCAGGAGAAUAGACCAGAUGAAGGCCAACGGCGAGCUCCUGCCCAUCUCAGGGAAAAGGCCGCGGGUGUUACAUUCUCACAUGCAGCAGAUGGGGGGUGCUGCAGAAAGCAUUUUAAUAGGUUGAUGAUUAUUCAGUUGAAUGGAAGGGGUGAAACACGCCUUCGCAAAAUAAUGUUCCUUUGUCUGUUUUUUUCCUCAAUCUGAACUGCUGGAUUGAAAUGUUUUUUCCGUAGCCUUUUUGCAUUUCUUAAAGUGGCUCUAUGUCUCCAGGGGACCAGAAAUGUUCAUUAUUUUCAGUAUAUCGAUAUGCAUUUUAGUAUUCACAAUUACACAUUUAGGGUGUAUAUUUUGUACUUGAUAGCCAUACAAAUUUAUUUGCAGCUGCUUUUCAAUGUGGGAAAUCAUGGAGUUUUUAGUAUUUAAGAGCAGAUGUGUGUGUAGUAUAAGAAACACCCACAAGAUGGCAGUGCUCACAUAUGAGAUCAUGUUUACACAUCACUCCUAUUCUCAUUUAAACCAAAAUGGUGGAUAGUCAAUUUCAAUUUUCCAGCACCAGUUGUGUUACUUUAGGUUGACAUAACAUAAUGUUGUUGACAUCAUUCUGUGAUUCCUAUGCUGUAGUUGAACAGAGAGACUUAGAAACCGCAUUCAUUGCAAAGCACGAUAACGUGUCUGAACUGCCAACGAAUGGAAAUGAAAAGAGAGAUCUCAGCGAGUUCUUUUGUUUUUAUCAGCGAAGCCUGUUAAGUGUCCUGUAGCCAAAAUAUGGCAGGGUACCUCUGCACAUGGCGA